AUGGAGCUGGAGGAGAGGGUUCACUACCCGUACCCCGCGCCGAGCGCGCUCCCUUCGGGCCGCGACGGGGGCCCUUUCAGAGCCUAUGGACUCCAGGACGCAGCCAUGAGACACUGGGACAACAGAUUCUCCGGAGACAACGGCUUCGAUCAGUUUUUCGAGUCGACGGCUUACGUUGGAUACCACCACCACCAUCAUCACCAUCAGCAGCAGCAGGAGCAACACGGCUCCGGCAGCUACGCCGCCACUGCGGGGGGGUCCCUACAGGGCCAGUCAGGGGGGGUGGCGACGGCGGCUGCGGCGGCUGGAGGAGGCGAGGGGGGGCAGGCGGCGCGGGCUGCCGAGCGCGAGGAGGGCGACAGCGGCGCCGAGUCCGGCGGCGGCGACGUCGGCAGCGGCGCGGCGUCCGCGGCGUCCGCGUCGCCGCUCGCCGCGCGGCCCAGCGAGCAGAAGGCGUGCGGCUCGGCGGCCGGUCGGAGCCCCCGGAAGAAGCGCUGCCCCUACACCAAGUUCCAGACGCGCGAGCUCGAGCGGGAGUUCUUCUUCAGCGUCUACAUCAACAAGGAGAAGCGACUGCAGAUCUCGCGCCUACUCAACCUCACCGACCGCCAGGUCAAGAUCUGGUUCCAGAACAGGCGCAUGAAAGAGAAGAAGCUGAACAGGGAUCGAAUGCAGUACUUCGCGGCCAACCCGCUGCUAUGAAGGGCCGUCGUUGCUUGUCGGCGAAUGUCUGUGUCUGUGCGUGUUGAUGAUGCGCCUGUGUGUCCGCGUGCACGUCAGUGUACGUGUCUCUGUUGUAAGCGGUUAGCGCUCUGCGCUAAGAACCCAGCGGCGAAGCGAGUUCGAUUAUUCCCGCUCAUGGCAACCAACACCAGUGACAAUUAUCUGAACCGGUUCUGGGCCUCCCCUAUGUCAACUCAGCCUUAAAUGAGUAACCUGGUGCAGUGUGUAAACAUCGCCACGGGAAGAGACAGAGGCGGUCGGGCGUGGUGCUGGCCACCCACCCCCUCGUGUGCUGUGCCGGCCUUGAUAGGUCUUCGCUAACAGCACUUGCCAAAUUAAUCUGUUAAGGCGAUACAGGGGAUCUUUGUCUUGUGUUUGCUGCGUAGGUUUGUUGUGUUGUGAGGAGAGGUGGCGCAGUGGUUAGCGUACAGCGUUACGAAGCCGACGACCUGGGUUUCCAUUUCCGCCCGGCCACGGCUAACAUCAUUGGCGAGUAUCGUCUCCGCUCGGCAUUAAAUUAGUUGUCCCUACUGCGGCGUGUGAAAACAUGAAGCACUGCGAUAGCAGGAAGGAAAGUACGCCAGGUGUGGUAGCGAUGAUGAUGGCAGUCUCUCCACGGCUAGAGCGGGGAUGUGUUGUGUGUGUGUGUACGUGUGUACAUGUGUACAUGUGUGAACGGUGGUGUAGCGGUUAGGGCGCUGCACCACGAACCUGGCGACUCGAGUUCAAUUCCCGCUCACGGCCAACACCAGUGACGAUUAUUUGAAUCGGUCCUGGGCCUCCUCUAGGUCGACUCAGCCUCAAAUGAGUACCUGGUGUGGUGUGUGAACAUCGCCACUGGGGAGACAAAGGCGGUCGGGCGUGGUGCUGGCCAGCCACCCCUUUAGUGUGUCGUGCCGGCCUUCAUAGGUGCUCGCUAACAGCACUUGCCCCAACAGUCUGUUACAGGCUAUACGGACGAUCUUUGUCUUUGUGCACACAGGUUACGACACGUUACAGUUCACAAGUGUGUUCGCUGCUGAUGAUCAUGAUGAUACGGGUGGUGACGAGAGCCACAAGUGCAAGACGGAUGAUGAUGAUGAUGACGAUAAUAAUUUUAUGAUGGUGAUGAUGUAUAAAGUUUAUAUGUCAUAUAUAAAGGUAAUAAUGUAUUAUCUUUAUAUAGAGAUUUAAUAAUAAUACUGUAUAGACUUAUAUGAAUAUAGCCUAUGAAACAAUACAGCUGGCCUAUUUGGUUUGAGUGCGGUGAAGAUUGACUUGGGGUUUUUUUUCCCUUCUAUUUACAAGAAGCAAGUCGUUUUUAUCUUUUUGUACACGCGUGUUCAAUUAACUAUUACAUAAAUUAUUGCAAGAUGCUGUACGCGACUGAUGAAAGUGCGGGUUUAUUUGCGACGUGUGUAGGUAGUUAGGUGGUCACCUGUCUCGAUACCAAAACGAAUGAAUAUUCGAAUGAUUACAGACGCGUUGCACUCUGUUCACGUUGUGUACCCACGCGUUGACUGGAGCGGUGUUUGUUUAGCUGUGAUUAAAGCCAUAUACGAGUGUAUAAAUAUAUAAAUAUAUCUCCGUUUGUACAAGAUAAAUGCGAAAAUGCAAUUCACACGCACAGUGUAACAACAACAACAACGACGAUCACAACAAUAACAACAACAAUAUGGGUUACGUUGCGCGUGCGUUCGUGUUAUGACGUCAUAUUUGAGUUUACGUUGCACGCGGUCGAUGCCCGAUUUCUAAGUUGUUUGGUGAAUGCCAAUUUUGGUUUUUAUUUA